AUGUCUGUCUCCCUCAAUCCAAGCACCUCCCUUGGCUUCAAGCGACCUUUUGAUAAUGUCGUAAAACAAUCUCUACGAAUUUCGAAUCACAAUGCACUUCCGGUUGCGUUCAAAGUCAAAACGACGGCUCCAAAGCACUAUUGCGUUCGUCCGAAUUCUGGCAGGGUGGAGCCCGGGGAGACGGUUGAAGUCGCAGUUAUGCUGCAAGCGAUGAAGGACGAGCCGCCGCUCUCGGUCAAGUGCAAGGACAAGUUCCUCAUCCAAAGCACCGCUAUCACUCCCGAAAAAGCGUCUCUGCCGCUACAAGAGAUUUGGAACGGCGAAGGAGGAGAAGAGGCCAAGGUCCAUCAACAAAAACUGCGUGUUGUUUACCUGCCUCCUGAAGGUCAAAUCGACGAGGAGGAGGAGGAGGCGGGUCAACCCAUCAAGCCACGUCUUGCUGAAUCACAUUACGCGACUGUCCCUCAUCCCAAUGGCGAAGUCCAUCCACCCAUCCCCGAAUUUUCGAAGCCAGACCCCGUCCCAGAACCUGGCCCAGUGGCCUUCGAACCGACUCCCCCUUCGCACCAUGAAAGCCGUGCGCCCACCCCUCCCGUCGAUCCUGAGUACGUGCGUGUACCAGAAGGCGUCGACGACGACGCGCAUCUCGAUGGCCCUGGCUUCGUCAGCAUCAAUUCGCCAGACAUCAAGCAGCCCGCUCCUCUUGUAUAUUCGCCUUCACCUGUAGCUGUCCCUCGUGCCCUCCCGGACCCUGUUGCUCCCGUCGCCCCCACCCCUGCACCAGCCCCUGCACCCGUCGAGUCUCCCCUCAACAUUGAGCUGCAGAUCAAGUUCGAAGAAGCUCAAGCAGAGAUUGAACGUCUACGGAACUUGCUCACUGCGGCUUCGGUAGCAGCACCAACGGAACAAACGGAGAUCAGACACAGAAGACGGUCGUACUCUGACGCCGGAAGUGAUAGCGGCUCCACCGCCAUCGGCACUUACAUCGAUGAUGGCUAUGCCCCUCAGGAUGGCGUCCCACUGCAGGUUGUCGUUAUCAUCGCGUUGGGUGUGUUCGUCACAACAUACCUUUUCUUCUGA